UCAUUCUCCACUACAUUAGCAGACAGACUUUUCUGCAGUGACCGUUCAAAAUAGAAAAAAUUUGGAAAAAUGGGAAAUAAUUUUGCUUUACCAACUGAUAAAAAGGAGGAAAGUAUUGAUGGUAUCGACUACUACUAUAUAGAUGUGGAUUUAAGUGACCGAACUGUUCUCUAUGAUUAUCUCUUGCAAAAGAAGGUUCGCAAAGAGAACGGAAAAUGGAAAUUCGAAGGAUAUUCAAACAUUAGAGAGAAAAAUUCUAAAGAAGUCGCACAAAUAAGUUUAAUGUAUCAUUUCAUUAAUCAUGGAAGAUGGCUUGAGAAAAAAGGACCUAAAGGUGAUGUAGAGUCUAACGAAGAUGCUGAUGACGAAAAAGAAUAUGGUUUGAUGAAAAAGUCAUUUUUCCAAGAAUUAACAAACACUGGAAGUGACGAUCAGAGUGAUAUUCCUUACUGCGUUCUACCAGUUUAUUAUCCAGGUGAGACUGUUAGAGGUAAACUGCGCUUAAAAACAACUAAACCAUUCGAUUUGGAAAAUAUCAAUGUUGCAUUCACUGGGGGAGCAUUCACUCGUUAUAGAAUACACACUGGCAGAGGAUACUAUGACUCUGUAGCUGAAGAUAAGUAUGUUGAUAGUAAGAUGGUCUUGUGGAACAAAGGGGGUAACUUUUCGGAUAUUAAGUCAAAGAAUCCUUCGGCUGGUGAUUCUUUUAGACCUGGAGAAUACGAAUGGCCUUUCGAAUUUCAUAUUCCCUUGGAUGGCACAUUUUCUUCAGUUCCUUGCUUAAACCCGUGUAAAGUUAAUUAUGGCUAUGCUGGUUGUAGAAUUAAAGCUACAAUGGACAAAGGAAAUCUAUUCAGUCGAGGAAGCAUGAUAUCAUGCUUCGGAGUAUGGAUUGAAAAGGAAUCUGACGUUGCUGCUAACCUGGAAAACCUUAAUCCUGUAUUGGAUAAAAAAUAUCAACAAACUGGACUUUUCAAUGACGGAUUCAUUCAGUUGGUAGUUAAACUUCCAAAAUCAGGAUAUGUGAUUGGCGAAGAUAUUCCUUUGAAUGUGGAAGUUGACAAUCGAAGUAGUGGGCCUAUUGAAUGUAUUGAAGCAAUGCUUGUAUUAAGUGGAAAAUAUAAUACGGGAGCGUCCAAAUUCUCGUGUACAAAAUCUUUUAAACAUUGCUCUGAUCGAUUAACUUCUGGUCCGAUAAGUUCAGGAGAAUCGCCGGUUUUCGAUUGGACACUACGAAUGGUUUUCUCUAAUACAGAAAUCGACGAACAUCUUUUACCUACAUCGGAUUUGGCAUGUUCUUUGCUAAAAGUUAAAUAUAAUCUUUAUGUGACUGCUAAGAGAGCUAAACUACAUAAAGAUGUAGUUUUGAAAAUACCCAUCGAAAUAGGGAACGUUAAUAGCAAAGAAAUGAAAACUUUCAGCUAUCUUCACGAUCUGAACAGUGAACCGUAA